AUGAUCACCUUCCGUCCGCUGUCGUUACCCACAACCUGUCAAAUGCUGACUUCUUCCGCUCAACAGAGACACUAUCUCUCUUUGGCGACGCGAUUUUUCCUCACAUCGCUCUACUCACCUGAUUGUUCCUUUCCGCACGAACGAUCAACACCUCAAAGGCACUCCAACGCUCUCCUUUCACUUGUUAUGACUCCCUCAAAACUCUCAUGGAAGCAGGUAACAGCCGGAGCACGUCGCGUUUCGAAGGUUCAUCUCUGCGAGACUCAAGGACCUCGUCCUUAAAAGUUAAAUUCGAACUACGGAGCUAAUAUAUCCGCUUUACCUUGUGGACAUGUCUUCCAUGAGGAUUGUAUUAUACGAUGGCUAAAAUAUCGACCGUCCUGUCCUCACUGUCGUUGUCAAACAAACACGGUGGAACUGCUGAAGUUGUUUUUCAAUUAUGCGUCCACAGAUGUGUCGUUUAGCGAAGAUGUUUCAAGUAAUCCUACUGAUUUACUUGAACAGAAUCAAGCUCUUCGCAAGGAAAUUCUUUCGUGCAAAGACAGAAUACAUAAUCUAGAAGAAAAUAGUAAGGAACAAACAAAAUCCAGGGAUGAAAUCCUUAAUCUCUACAAUCAAACAUUCGAACUUCUUAGUGAGACUAAUCAGAAAUACAACCGCGCAAAAGCUCAAUUGGCCAGUUAUCACGAGGUUUUGGCCGAAGCAGAAAGGAUGAAGGAAGAAUGUAUUCAAUUGCGUCAACAAGUUGAACAGCUUAAGGAUAUAGAAGUACUCAUUAGGGGAAAUGAAACAAAUGCUAAUGAAUUGAUGGGUAAGUACCUGGAUCAACAAGGACAUUACACCCCGGAGGUGAUUACUGAAUUGUUCAAGUGGUUGGCAGUACUGCGUAGCGAACUCGCCGAUAGUAAACUGCGUAUCUCCAAGUAUCGCAAAGAUGCCUAUCGAUUGCGUCGCGCUCAUGCGUCAGCCAACAAUCGGGUCUCCGGUUUAGAGAGAAAAUUGGAGAAUUAUACGAAUCGAAUAUCCCAAUUAGAGGCUGAUAUGGCGCAGAUGUGCGAGCAACAAGCAAAUGAUGCUCCUAACGCUACUAGUGUUAGCGAUUCUUCAUGUAACCCCACUCCUGUUACUCCUUUGUCAAUCAGUUCUGCCAAUGAAACUACACUUGAUUUGGAUCGGUGCCUCAGUUUUAUCGAUCUUAUGUCACCUGAAAUCAAUUCCAAAGGCCAGGGAGUCUUCCAGUCACCUACCGUCAAUACAACCGAUACACCACUUUCCAAUCCAUUCAAGAGGACUCUACGACCAAUUGAAAAGCCUAAACCACGCCAGAAACACUCCAGUCUUUUCAAACUUGCGAUAAUGAGAGAUUAUGGGAAAUCCUCCGAUGGAAUAACCACUUCUUCGGCUGGCAAAAGCACCCGUUAUAAUGGUUUCGGUGGACAGGAGGCAAAUGCAGGCCCAACCAGUAUAUUCAGUCGCCUGAACAGACCCGGAAGCCUAGUCAAUGGGAAAAAAGUGUAA